UGGACUGCUUCAAUUACCUAUAUUGGCAAAGCAGAAUAAAAUAAAAGAAAAAGAAAGAAAAAGAAAGAAAAAAUCAGAAAAAACACCAACUUCAGAUUAUUUUGGGUUGUUUUCUGAACGAACAAACCACCACCAACCCAAAGGGAAAAAGGGGAAAAUCCACCCUUUCUUUCCUUGAUCUGCCCGCUUCCCGUUUUGUACAGAGGCCUCAAAAAUCUAUAUCAGAUUAUGUAUACGGGAGGGAAGGCAGUUGAUUCGAAAGAGGGUGGUGGAGGAGGAAGCGGAAAACAGGGUUCAUGGGGUGGUCUGAAUAGUUUGAUAAGGAGGAAACAGGUGGACUCGGUUCACGUGAAGUCUGGGGGUCAACAGUUGGCCAAGGAGUUGACUAUUCCCCAUCUUGUUGCAAUUGGAGUUGGCUCGACGAUCGGAGCAGGAGUCUAUAUUCUUGUUGGAACAGUGGCUAGGGAGCACUCUGGACCAGCCCUGGCAAUUUCCUUUCUAAUAGCUGGAAUAGCUGCAGCUCUUUCAGCCUUUUGUUAUGCUGAGCUUGCAAGUCGCUGCCCUUCUGCUGGGAGCGCCUAUCACUAUACGUACAUAUGCAUUGGAGAAGGUGUUGCUUGGUUGGUCGGUUGGGCUUUGAUUUUAGAAUAUACAAUUGGUGGUUCAGCUGUUGCUCGUGGCAUAUCCCCUAAUCUGGCAUUACUUUUUGGAGGAGAGGACAGUCUGCCUGCUUUUAUAGCCCGGCAAUAUAUUCCUGCGCUCGAUAUGGUGGUUGACCCCUGUGCAGCAAUUUUAGUAUUUAUUGUCACAGGGCUCUUGUGUGUGGGAAUCAAGGAGAGUACGGUGGCACAAGGCAUUGUGACGAUAGCAAAUGUAUGUGCAAUGAUAUUUGUCAUAGUGGCUGGUACUUACUUGGGCUUCAAGACUGGCUGGGCUGGAUAUGAACUUCCUACUGGGUACUUUCCCUUUGGGGUGAAUGGUAUGCUUGCUGGGUCAGCAACUGUCUUUUUUGCAUACAUUGGUUUUGAUACAGUUGCCAGCGCUGCUGAAGAGGUGAAGAAUCCUCAACGAGAUUUGCCACUGGGUAUUGGUGCUGCCCUCUCUAUUUGCUGUGCGUUAUAUAUGUUGGUUUCAAUAGUCAUUGUUGGUUUAGUGCCUUAUCAUGCAAUGGAUCCUGACACACCCAUCUCUACUGCAUUUGCUAGUCAUGGGAUGCAAUGGGCUGCGUAUGUGAUAACUGCUGGAGCUGUUACUGCUCUCUGCUCAACAUUGAUGGGUUCUAUUCUGCCUCAGCCACGAAUCCUGAUGGCAAUGGCUAGAGAUGGAUUGCUGCCAUCAUUUUUCUCAGAUAUUAAUAAACGCACUCAAGUUCCUGUGAAGAGUACAAUCGCAACUGGGAUUGGUGCUGCGGUCUUGGCAUUCUUUAUGGAUGUUUCACAGUUGGCAGGAAUGGUUAGUGUGGGUACGCUUCUUGCAUUCACCAUGGUAGCGAUAUGUGUACUGAUACUCAGAUAUGUCCCACCGGAUGAGGUGCCUUUGCCUUCAUCUCUUCAGGAGUCCAUUGAUUCAGUGUCGUCGUGGCAGGGAAGGAAUUCUCAUGAGAUUAGUGAGGAAGAUCCUAAGGCUCAUGUUGGUUCUUCCAAGGAAAGUACUAAACCUCUACUUGACAAAGUGGAUAUCUUGGUUGAACUUCCUCUGAUUGAAAAGCAAUUGCCUUUUGUUAACUACACAAUAAGUGAAGAUAACAGGCGAAAGAUUGCUGGCUGGACCAUAAUGUUCACAUGUGUUGGGGUGCUUCUCCUGACAUAUUCAGCUUCAGAUUUGGGCCUCCCCGGCUUUCUUCGCUAUACAUUAUGUGGAGCUGGUGGCAUUCUUCUUCUAUUAGGUCUGGUUGUGCUCACAUUUAUAGAUCAAGAUGAGGCAAGACACAACUUUGGGCACACAGGAGGUUUCAUUUGCCCGUUUGUCCCACUGCUACCUAUUGUCUGCAUUCUCAUCAACGUCUAUUUACUUAUCAAUCUUGGAGCGGACACCUGGGCUCGCGUUACCAUAUGGCUGUUAGUAGGAGUGGUUAUUUAUGUAUUCUAUGGCCGAACACACAGCUCUUUGGAGGAUGCGAUUUAUGUGCCAGCAGCCCAUGCAGAUGAAAUCUUUCGCAGCUCGGAAAAUUAUGUGUCCUAAGUCUUCACAAGGAAUGCUUUUAUUAAAAGUCAAUGGGUCUUUUUUCAUCUGGUUAUCGUGAAGUUUCCUUUUGUUUGUGUAAUUUCUGGUCCGAUCAAUUAUUUAUUGUUUGUAAUCUUAUUGUGGCAGAGGACGGAAAUCAGUCCAUUGUAUAAUAUCGUGUUAUUGGUUACUGCUGCUUUAUUGUUUGUAAUCUUAUUGUAGCAAAGGAUGGAAAUCAGUCCAUUCAUGUAAAUAAGUUACAAUUAAUGAAAGUUUCCACUUUCCUUUCUUAGGACAGUGGCAUGGAAACCUUCCCUC